ACAUAUUAUUAACAAAGGAAAUAUUGCAAGAUACCAGCUGGAAGUAACUCACAUUCGAAGAAAAAAAUCUUAAAUAAGGGCAGUUUUUGGAAAAUUGAAUAUAUUUAAUAGGAAAGAAAUAUCUUAACGUGAAAAUUUAAUUAUAAAAUGGGUGCAGUUUUAGGAUUGUGCUCUGCAGCACAGUGCGCUUUGUGCUGCACCGGUACAGCGGCGAGCUGCUGUUGCAAUGCCUGCCCUUCGUGUAAAAACUCAACUUCAUCCCGUUUCAUGUACGCCUUCAUGCUGCUGGUGGGCACUGUGUUAGGUGCUAUAGCACUUUCGCCUGGAUUACAGGAUACGCUGAAAAAAUUACCUUUUUGCAUUAAUUCUACUUCCACGGUUAGCUCCAAAGCAUUGACAACUUUUUCUGGAAAUUUACAAGUAGACUGUGAAUAUGCACUCGGUUAUAUGGCAGUGUACCGCAUUUGUUUUGGACUGGCCUGUUUCUUCAUGUUAAUGGCGUUAAUUAUGUUAGGUGUGAAGAGUUCACGUGAUCCGCGUUCACAUAUUCAAAAUGAAUUUUGGGGAUUAAAAUUUUUGAUUUGCUUUGGUGCGGCAAUUGGUGCCAUUUUCAUACCUGAUGGCUCUUUCGGGCCCGCAAUGAUGUGGGUAGGUUUAAUCGGCGGACUGGCUUUCAUAUUGGUACAAUUAGUAAUAAUUGUGGAUUUUGCACAUUCUGUGGCUGAAAACUGGAUUGAAAAUGCUGAAAAUAAUCGAGGCUACUUUUAUGCAUUGGUCGGAGUUACACUUACAAGCUAUGCAUUAUCAAUUGUAGGCAUUUCUUUGUUGUACAUCUACUUUACGCAUUCAGAUGGUUGCGGUCUCAACAAAUUCUUUAUCAGCUUCAAUCUUAUACUUUGCCUGAUUGUGAGCGUUUUGUCAGUUUUGCCAGCUGUGCAAGAUCGUUUACCACACUCGGGGCUUUUGCAAAGUUCGCUUGUUACUAUCUACACUAUCUACUUGACCUGGUCUGCAGUCGCUAACAAUCCAGAAAAAGAAUGCAAUCCUGGAAUGUAUGGCGUUAUAAAUGGUGUUACAACUGGCAAUACGACUACUUCGCCCCCAACACACAAUUCCAAAGUGACUUUCGAUACGACAAAUAUUAUUGGCUUGGUCGUAUGGUUAUUCUGCAUUCUCUACAAUUGCAUUAGCUCGGCUGUUGAGGUUUCCAAAAUCAAUAAUGAUGGCGAAAAGCGUGUCUUAACAGAAAACCUCUCAGAUUCAGAAGCCGGACAAGGUGAUGGCAAAGGUGCAACCGAUAACGAAAAUGAAGGCGUUACAUAUUCCUGGUCUAUGUUUCAUAUUGUGUUUGUAUGUGCUUCCCUCUAUAUUAUGAUGACUCUUACCAACUGGUACAAACCGAAUUCUGACAUUGAAUUAUUCAACGCUAACGCGGCUUCUAUGUGGAUCAAAAUAAUAUCCAGCUGGCUUGGCGUCUUCAUAUACGGCUGGAGCUUGGUGGCACCGAUUAUACUUACCAAUCGAGAUUUUAGUUAAACAGCAUGAGAGGAAGCAAACGAAUGGCAGGAAGCUUUAUGUGGAUUUGGAAGAUUAAGAAAGGAAAUAAAUAUGCAAUAUAACUAACACUAUUUCUCCAUUAUUAGAACGAAUCGCUAAAUUUGAAAUAGAAGGAGUGAUGUGAUGCACGGAAUAUUUUCCCUUUUCAAACCAUAUUCGUAUAUAUAGCCGAAUACUUCUAAUCCUUAAAUGUGAAUCAUUAUAAGUGUACUAUUCAUAUAAAUUAACUUAUGACUACGUGUAUAAUCAAAAAAAUAUUCGCCUCAAAGCGUAUACAAUAAUGAAUUAUAUUAUUAUUCGAUGA